CCCCGCCCCCGAGUGACUGCCAGACCAGGAAUUGGCGGCGGCGCUGCAACCAUUUCCGGUUUCGGGAAGGUGGGUGCGGUGCGGUGCAGAGCCGAGCGGCACUGGAGCGCGGCCGCCGCUGCUCCUCACAGACGCUGCUUUGCCUCUGGUGCUGCUGGGACGAUGCGGCCGGAGCCCGCAGGCUGCUGCUGCCGCCGCCCCGUGCGGGCGAACGGCUGCGUGGCGAACGGGGAAUUGCGGAACGGGUACGUGAGGAGCGGCGCCGGUGUCGCCGCCGCCGGCCAGAUCCAUCAUGUUACAGAAAAUGGAGGACUUUAUAAAAGACCAUUUAAUGAAGCUUUUGAAGAAACACCCAUGCUGGUUGCUGUGCUCACAUACGUGGGGUAUGGUGUCCUCACCCUCUUUGGAUAUCUUCGAGAUUUCUUGAGGCAUUGGAGAAUUGAAAAAUGUCACCAUGCGACAGAAAGAGAAGAACAAAAGGACUUUGUGUCAUUGUCUCAAGAUAGGUACACAGGGAAUAUAAUUAAAGGUGUUAUAAACAUGGGCUCCUACAACUAUCUUGGAUUUGCACGGAACACUGGCUCAUGUCCAGAGGCAGCUGCCAGAGUCCUAGAGAAGUACGGAGUUGGAGUGUGCAGCACUCGGCAGGAGAUUGGAAACCUAGAUAAGCAUGAAGAACUAGAAAAGCUUAUAGCAAGAUUCUUAGGAGUAGAAGCUGCUAUGGCAUAUGGCAUGGGAUUCGCAACAAAUUCAAUGAACAUUCCUGCACUUGUUGGCAAGGGUUGCCUUAUUCUGAGUGAUGAGCUGAACCACGCAUCACUGGUUCUAGGAGCCAGACUGUCAGGAGCAACUAUUCGAAUCUUCAAGCAUAACAAUAUGCAAAGCUUGGAGAAACUAUUGAAAGAUGCCAUUGUCUAUGGUCAGCCUCGGACACGAAGGCCCUGGAAGAAAAUUCUAAUCCUCGUGGAAGGAAUAUAUAGUAUGGAGGGGUCGAUUGUUCGCCUUCCAGAAGUGAUUGCCCUCAAGAAGAAAUACAAGGCUUACCUGUAUUUGGAUGAGGCUCACAGCAUUGGGGCUCUCGGCCCCACAGGUCGAGGUGUGGUGGAGUACUUUGGCCUGGAUCCUGAGGACGUGGAUGUUAUGAUGGGAACGUUCACAAAGAGCUUUGGUGCUUCUGGAGGAUACAUUGGAGGCAAGAAGGCGCUGGUCGACUAUCUGCGCACCCACUCUCACAGUGCAGUGUAUGCCUCGUCCAUGUCUCCGCCUGUAGUGGAGCAGGUGAUCACCUCCAUGAAGUGCAUCAUGGGGCAGGAUGGUACCAGCCUUGGCAAAGAAUGUGUGCAGCAGUUAGCUGAAAAUACCAGGUAUUUCAGGAGACGCCUGAAAGAGAUGGGCUUCAUUAUUUAUGGAAAUGAAGACUCUCCAGUGGUGCCUUUGAUGCUCUACAUGCCGGCCAAAAUUGGUGCCUUUGGGCGAGAGAUGCUGAAGCGGAACAUCGGAGUCGUUGUGGUAGGAUUUCCUGCCACCCCAAUUAUUGAGUCUAGAGCCAGGUUUUGCUUGUCAGCAGCUCAUACCAAAGAAAUACUUGACACAGCUUUAAAGGAGAUAGAUGAAGUUGGGGACCUCCUGCACCUGAAGUACUCCCGUCAUCGGCUGUUGCCCCUACUAGACAGGCCAUUCGAUGAGACUACUUACGAAGAAACAGAAGACUGAGGAUUUUGGUGCUCCCCAAGAGGAACUGCCCCCAGGACAGUGUGCGGCCUUUCUGAGCCAGUUCCAGAACCACACCUCUGUGGCCAUCUCACGUCGAAGGCAUUUGCUCAACUACUGAAUGCGGCCACCUGUACUCUUAAGUGACAUUUUGUAAAUAGUCAAAAACUGCUUCACGUCCUUCAUGUGCUAAAUCUUACCUUUUAAAAAAGAAGUGACUCACCUUGUCCAUUAAAACAUUUUAUUUUAUACCUAUUCUACUUGUGAAGCCCGCUGGCCCUCCCUCACCUGGCUAACCAUGUAGGUGUUGCCCUCUCGGCCACUGGAGGGCGUGGCUCCGUCAGGAGGCCCUGCUGCCCUGUGAACCUCUGGCCCGAGACUCCGGCCCUGCUUCCCAGGAGCAAGUGCCUUCCACUCACCCGCUCCCGUUCUCAGAGGUUGCAUCGUGCAGCCCGUGCUUAAUGAGUCAUGUAAUUAACUAUUCCCCUUUAGUCUUAAGUUUGGCAUUUUAAGAAAAAACAGUAAGCAGUACAGUGCUAAGCAGGCCAUCUGUGACUCCUCCUGGCCAGGGGUCUCAGGCUUUGGUCUUCCUCCAUUUUUUGUUCUUGUCACAAGAUGAUUUCUUCCUUUACUAUCAGAUAUGUCUUGCUCUGGUCACAAGCUGAGGGCAUACCCAAAUUGUAGGGUCUUCCCAGGCUGUAAUCCUAGAAGCUCUGACUUCCUAGUUGAAACCAUGUUGUAGAAACACUGACAUCCCACCACAGUCUGGUGUCAGUGGUGGAAACAACUUGCUCUUACUGUUUGUGUGUAAAGCUGCUCUAUAAGCGAUGGGCAUUCCUCUUGCGGUGCGGGGCAGGGGCAGUGUGGAAAGAACUGACAAUAUGCAGAAUGUCUGUGGUCGGGUUUCUUUUCUGUUUUUCCAAAGUUUUCAUAGCUUGUAGCUGGAUUUGGAUCCAAAUAGGAUUCACACUGAUAAAGGAAAGUGUUGUCAGCCCCUGCUCAGAAACGAUUCAUCCUGUUCCUGUUUCAGGAUUAAAGUUAACUUAGUCCUUUUGGAAGCUGAUGCACUGACCCUGUUUGAGUGCUAAAUUCUUCCGUUCAGAUGUCCUAAUGGAAUUUUGACCUGGCUUGUGGGACAAAAGUCUCCCUGUGCUUCCAUUAUGUGUUUUUUUUCCCUGAGAAAUUCGUUGUUGUUGUUGUUGUUGUUGUUGUUGUUGUUGUUGGAACCGGGGAUUGAACUCAGACCUUUGCGCUUG